AAAUCACAAACCAACAAGAUACCAACUCACCACUCAUUUUAACCAUUUUACCAUUCAACUCACAUCACAUCAAAUGUUAAAUCAUCAACCAUUCAUCAUUCUAUUCCGAACGAUACUCUUAAUCAAUCAACUUAUCAUCCCAACCAGCACAUCAAAUCUAGAAUUCCAACUCUACAAAAGAUCUACUUCUCAAAACAGAUUUAUCCAUGCCAAAUCAAAACUAAUCAAUAAAUAUUCUUCUACUACUUCUACUACUUCAUUACAAAAAAGACAAAUCUCAGUUCCUAUCAUUUCAAACCUUUCGAAUCCUUCUUCUUCUUCGACUACUACUACUAAUACUGGAACUUAUUUACAUAAUUCUACCGUUAGAGGUGUUAGUGAUGGGAGAGGUGGAGUGAUUGGAUUACAACCUACUUAUAAUUUUCAAGCUGAUCUUGAAUACUUCAUAACGAUUCAAAUAGGAACCGAUUCACCCCAAUCACUCAAUAUAAUCCUAGACACAGGUUCAUCAGAUUUUUGGGUAACUUCUCAAAACUGUACACUUCAAUCUGGUUGUGAUUCAAACCUUUUAAGUAAAUUUGAUUCAAGUCUUUCUAAUUCGACUAAUACUCCUUUUUCAAUUAAAUAUGGUAGUGGAUCUGCUACGGGGAAAAGUUUUAUUGAUAAUAUUACUUUUGCUGGGUAUCAUCUUACUAAUCAACAAUUCGGUGUGGUAGAUACAGUUUCUAGUGAAUUACUAAGUAAAGAUGUAUCAGGACUAAUGGGUCUAGGAUUCCAAACAUUAUCAUCAUCAGGUAUCAAACCACUCUGGCAAAGUCUACUAUCAAAUCCAACCCAAUACAACCUAAGUUUUCCCGGAUUCUCAUUCGCUCUCACAAGGUUUAUCAACCAAACCAAUGCAAGCGAAAUCGAACCUGGAGGAUUAUUUACAAUAGGAACGUUGAAUACUUCUUUGUUAGAAGGAGAAAUCGAAUUUAUUCCUUUACCGAUCGGAUUAGAAUCUUAUUGGUUAAUACCUAUGGAAUCGAUUUCUGUUAAUGGAUUUAGUUUGGAUUUGUCAAAACAGAGAACAAAGAAUGUGGCAAUUGAUACUGGUACUACUUUGAUUGGUGGUCCGGCUGAUGAGGUGGCUGGGUUUUAUAAGCAGAUUCCGGGUGCUUUACCUGCUACUGGUUCUUAUCAAGGGUAUUAUUCUUAUCCUUGUAAUUCUUCAGUUAAUUUAAAUUUCAAGUUCGGAACUCGGAAUUAUUCAAUGACUUCACAAGAUUUCAACUUAGGACCGUUUCCAGGGAAUCCUACUACUACUACUACCAAUACUUCUUCUUCCUCUAGUAGUAGUAGUAGUGGUGGUGGUUCUGCGGGUAAUCCUUCAAUGUGUUUAGGUGCUGUGUUCGAAUUAACAUUGGCUGGUGCUUCGAAAGAUUUGAUAUCUUGGGUCAUUGGUGAUUCAUUCCUAAAAAAGUAA